ACAUUGCGCAUGCUCACAGUGCCGAGCCAGGCAGCGAUGUUGUUUUCGUUCUUUGUGGAAGUGGGUCAGCGGCGGGUCCGGGUUCGGGUUCGGGAUCGGGAUCGGGAUCGGGAUCGGGAGGGGGUCCUCGCCCCCUUGGACGGGGAGCCGGAGACGGAUUAUUCUCUGCGGGGCAACACCAACAAUUUCCAUUCAACCUGCUGUGAGAGGUUUAUUGGAAAAAAAAACCCAACUGGAAGCAAACCACGGCUGAAGAUGUAGGAACAGCAACAAGUGAACUGGCCCGAGGACUGAGAACAUCAACUGGAGAGAACAACACUGAAUCAGGUGACUUGGAGUUCCCAGUGAGUCAGUGAGGAGGAAGUUUGGUGAGUCUCAUUUACUCAGACACUGGUCCUUUAUACAUUACAUGCCUGUACAUUAGAAGGUGGGAAAUAGUUGGUGUUUGAAGUCAUUCUGACAAAAUGUUAUUAACCUGAAUUGUAAAGUUUGUUCCUGUCCCCACAGCUGUUCCUUACCUGCUGAGCAGUUUGGUAAUUCCAAUUUCUUUUUAUUACAUUCACUCUGGAUUAGUUUAUGUUUCCUGAAUUGUACCUGUUUUAAUGUGGGAGUGGAAAUGGCUCACUCUGUGAUAGUAGAACAGUAAAGUAACCACAACUUUUCCCUGCAAAUUACCCUGGUGCCAAUUAGAUUGUUAUUCCUAGAAAUGUGUUCAGUACAGUUGUUGUGAACAAGGCUUACAAGAAUAAUCUCAGGAAUGUUCGGCAUUAUGUAUGAGGAGCAUUUGAUUGUUCUGGACCAGUGCUCAAUGGAGUUCAUCAGGACGGUGGGAGUGGUGGGGGAUGUAUGGUUAAGUAAACCUACCAAAUGCUGAAAAGCCUGGAUACGGUGGACACAGAGAGGAUGUUUCCAUUAGACUGUGAUCUGACAGCGCAGUCUCAGAAUAAAGAAGCUUCCCUUUAAAACUGAGAGGAGAAAAAAAAAAUUGGCCAGAAGAUGUCUGAUCUGUGGAAUUUGUUGCCACAGAGGUUGGUUGAAGCUGCUAUUUGGGUAUAUUUAUGACAGAGAUGAACAUAUUGAUGAUUGCUCAGCAGCUCAGGGUUACAGGAGGAAGGCAGGAAUGUGGUGUUGGAAUGAAAAUCAGCCAUGGUUAAAUGGUGGGGCAGACCAGUUGGACCAAAUCACAUAAUUCUGUUCCUGACUGAAUGAUGGCUCCUCCUUAUCCCAUAUUGUUUUGUGAUGUGUGAGUGACAAUAAAAAAUAUGUUUACUGAAAUCAUUAUAUCAGCCUUCAACGUUUUGUUCUUAGUAACAUUCAGCAGAAAUGUUUGGUUCUCCUUUUUAUUGGAAGAAAAACCCCAACUAGAAGCAAACCACGGCUGAAGACGAGGGAACAGCAACAAGUGCACCAGCCUGAGGACUGAGAGCAUUAACUGGAGAGAUCAACUCUGCCUCAGGAGAAUCGGAGAUUCCAUUGAUUCAGUCAGGAGAAAGUUUGGUCAAAAAUGACAAGGAAUUUGUGUACGGGAAUCUAGAGCUCAACACACCAGUUUUGCUGUCUCUGUCCAGAUAUUUAAGAAGUGGAGCAAGGGAUUCACUCAAUCAUCCUUCCUGCUCAGACUGUGGGGAAGGAUUCACUGAAUCAUCUGACCAACUGGCACACCCAUCAUUUUGCACAGGGUGGAACGAUUCACCUGAUCAGACAGUGGAAAUGGAAUCACUCGGCCUUCUCAACUGAAGGUACAUCAGCUAGUUCAUACUGGGCAAGGCCAUUCACCUGUUCUGUGGGUGAGGAGGGAUUCAGUCAGUCUUUCCACUUGUGGACACACCAGUCAGUUCACACUGGGCAGAGGCUGGUCAUCUGUUGAAUUUUGGGGAAGCAUUCACUCGGUCAUCUGACCGAAUGGCUCACCAGCGAGUUCACACCGGAGAGAGGCCGUUCACCUGCUCGGACUGUGGGAAAGGAUUCACUUGCUCAUCUAAACUGAAAUUACACCAGCGUGUUCACAGUGGGGAGAGGCCGUUCACCUGCUCAGACUGUGGGAAGGGAUUCACUAUGUCAUCUAAUCUGAAGGUACAUCAGAGAGUUCAUACUGGAGAGAGGCCGUUCACCUGCUCAGACUGUGGGAAGGGAUUCACUAUGUCAUCUAAUCUGAAGGUGCAUUGGAGAGUUCAUACUGGAGAGAGGCCGUUCACCUGCUCAGACUGUGGGAGGGGAUUUACUUGCUCAUCCAAACUGAAAGUACACCAGCGAGUUCACACUGGGGAGCGGCUGUUCACCUGCCCGGACUGUGGGAAGGGAUUCACUUGCUCAUCCGAACUGAAAGUACACCAGCGAGUUCACACCGGAGAGAGGCCAUUCAUCUGCUCAGACUGUGGGAAGGGAUUCACUCAGUCAUCCCAUCUGAAGGUUCACCAGCGAAUUCACACUGGGGAAAGGCCGUUCAUCUGCUCGGACUGUGGGAAGGGAUUCACUUGCUCAUCCGACCUGAAGGUCCACCAGCGAGUUCACACUGGGGAGAGGCCAUUCAUCUGCUCAGUCUGUGGGAAAGGAUUCAGCUGGUCUUCUCAACUGAAAUCACAUCAGAGAGUUCAUACUGGAGAGAGGCCAUUCACCUGCUCAGACUGUGGGAAGGGAUUCACUGCGUCAUUCCACCUGAAGAUACAUCAGAGAGUUCACACUGGAGAGAGGCCAUUCAUCUGCUCAGACUGUGGGAAGGGAUUCACUCAGUCAUCCCAUCUGAAGGUUCACCAGCGAGUUCACACUGGGGAGCGGCCGUUCACCUGCUUAGACUGUGGGAAGGGAUUCACUUGCUCAUCCGAACUGAAGUUACAUCAGCGAUUUCACACUGGGGAGCGGCCGUUUGCCUGCUCAGACUGUGGGAAGGGAUUCUCUGUUUCAUCCCAGCUACUGAGUCACCAGUCAGUUCACACCGGGGAGAGGCCAUUCAGCUGCUCGGAGUGUGGGAAGGGAUUCACUAUGUCAUCUAAUCUGAAGGUACAUCAGAGAGUUCAUACUGAAGAGAGGCCGUUCACCUGCUCAGACUGUGGGAAGGGAUUCACUAUGUCAUCUAAUCUGAAGGUGCAUCGGAGAGUUCAUACUGGAGAGAGGCCGUUCACCUGCUCAGACUGUGGGAGGGGAUUUACUUGCUCAUCCAAACUGAAAGUACACCAGCGAGUUCACACUGGGGAGCAGCUGUUCACCUGCCCGGACUGUGGGAAGGGAUUCACUUGCUCAUCCGAACUGAAAGUACACCAGCGAGUUCACACCGGAGAGAGGCCAUUCAUCUGCUCAGACUGUGGGAAGGGAUUCACUCAGUCAUCCCAUCUGAAGGUUCACCAGCGAAUUCACACUGGGGAAAGGCCGUUCAUCUGCUCGGACUGUGGGAAGGGAUUCACUUGCUCAUCCGACCUGAAGGUCCAUCAGCGAGUUCACACUGGGGAGAGGCCGUUCACCUGCUCAGUCUGUGGGAAAGGAUUCAGCUGGUCUUCUCAACUGAAAUCACAUCAGAGAUUUCACACUGGAGAGAGGCCAUUCACCUGCUCAGACUGUGGGAAGGGAUUCACUGCGUCAUUCCACCUGAAGGUACAUCAGAGAGUUCACACUGGAGAGAGGCCAUUCACUUGCUCAGUCUGUGGGAAGGGAUUCACUCAGUCAUCCCACCUAAUGGCUCACCAGCGAGUUCACACUGCGGAACGGCCGUUCACCUGCUUAGACUGUGGGAAGGGAUUCACUUGCUCAUCCGAACUGAAGUUACAUCAGCGAGUUCACACUGGGGAGCGGCCGUUUGCCUGCUCAGACUGUGGGAAAGGAUUCUCUCUUUCAUCCCAGCUACUGAGUCACCAGUCAGUUCACACCGGGGAGAGGCCAUUCAUCUGCUCAGUCUGUGGGAAGGGAUUCAAUUGGUCAUCUCACCUGCAGAGACACCAGUCAGCCCACACGGGGAAAUGGCCAUUCACCUGCUCAGUCUGUGGGAAGGGAUUCACUCAGUCAGCUCAAUUGAAGGUACAUCAGCGAGUUCACACCGGGGAGAGGCCGUUCACCUGCUCAGUCUGUGGGAAGGGAUUCAAUUGGUCAUCUCACCUGCAGAGACACCAGUCAGCCCACACGGGGAAAUGGCCAUUCACCUGCUCAGUCUGUGGGAAGGGAUUCACUUGGUCAUAUAAGCUGAAUAGACAUCAGCGAGUUCACACUGGGGAGAGGCCGUUCACUUGCUCUGUCUGUGGGAAGGGAUUCGCUGAGUCAUCUGAACUGAAGAUACAUCAGCGAGUUCACACUGGGGAGAGGCCGUUCACUUGCUCUGUCUGUGGGAAGGGGUUCGCUGAGUCAUCUGAACUGAAGAUACAUCAGUGAGUUCACACUGGGUAGAGGCCGAUCUCCUGCUUAGAGUUUGGCAUAAGAUUCUCUCAGCCAAAUCAACCGAAUGUGCAUCAUUGAGUUCACACUGGGGAGAGGCUUUUCACCUGCUGUGAAUAUGGGAAUCGAUUCACUCAGUCCUCUAACCAUAUGCAACUCUCACUUCGGCUAGCAGCUUAACUUUUAGAUUGAUAGCUCCCCAACCCAGCCAACUUAAGAAAUCUCAUUUGGGUGGAUGCUUCAUGAUGUGUCCCGUUCCAAAUCAGUACACUGAAAUAACAAACUGUACACAAUAUGUGAUUAAACAAUUGAGAUUUAUAAUUCCUACUUAGACUAUAGGGUUAGUAAAGAAAACAAAAAGAAAGAAAAAGGGCCCAGUCUCUCCUCUCUCCAUUCACAUCUUCUCAUCUCUCCCCAGCAAAAGGUGGUGAAAUUCUCUCUUCCAGACUCACAGGAAAGAACAACAUUUCUGCCAUUGGAGAGCCCCGCACUCCCAAACCCUGUUAUCUCUAGUCAUAACCUAAACAUUGUUGCUGCAGAGAAUCAAUUACCUUAGCAGUGAAACAUUACAUAGAGGCCAUUACAGUAGCCGUGAAACCUUGCAGCAUGUUAUACCUGUGACUCACCGCCGGGUUCACACUGGGCAGGAAGUUUCAAUAAGCUGUAUGCUGGAUAUUUCUCCAUCCAUUGCUGAAUGCGAUUUCAAGACUGACUGUUGGUGCUGAACUCUGCAAUUAUUGCUGCUGCUCACCACACCCAGUUCUGCACCCUGGUCACUGGGCAUGGGAGGAGUUUCUUCUGCUGCACAUUCUCCUUUAAUGGGACUGGAGUUUAAUAUUCUGCAUCUGAGACAAAUAAAUCAGUUCUAUUUUAAACUUUGUCUUUGGAACUCUGUGAGUUUACAACACAACUAGUGGACUCAGGCCGGCUGGACCCUGCCAAUGAUUCUAUUCCUUGACAGUCCUUUUAAAUCCUCCCCUAUUGUUCAUCUCCUGCUUCCCUGUGGUGAUGGGUUCCAAACCAGUGGUGAAGAGGUUUCCCUUAAUUUUUCUACUGACUGAAGAAGUCACACAUAUUGCAGUUCUGUCUGAGAUGUUCUUCACCCCUCAGAUCUCUGGGCUGAUGAAGAAUGACAUUGGGAGUUAACCUCCUUAUUCAGGGCACAUUUCCAUAUUUUGGGCCAUUUUCCCUGCUUCUAAAGGGUUGUUAGAAAACACCACUCUACUCUAAAGACUGAAAGCCAAAUGGGAAACCAUCCAUUGGAUGUUCAACGAAGCAGGGUCAGAAACCAGAGGCGGGUCCGCACAUUGCAGAGUUUGGGGCUCUGGACAAUGGUCGGGAUAAGAAUGUAUGGUGAGGAGAAGGGAAUCAGCAGCGGGACGUGGCAACAAAUGACAGAUAGCAAGAUUUGGAAGCUCAUUUGAUGGAAAAUAAUUCAGUUGUCUGACUGACAACACAGACAAUGCCUGUUGUGAGAUUCCUCAUUUGUUGAGGCACAUGUGUGUUCAGAAUGGUAAUAUCUAUUGAAGGAGUUAUUCCUGAUUGUUUAUCCUGUAAUAUUAUAUCUGGAUAGUUAUUUUUGAUUAACCUGUCUGUUAUAAUGUAUUGAUUAUAAUAUAAAUUGUGAGAUUCUGUCCCUAACUGGAUAUGGCUUCAAUUUAUGGUGCCUUAAUGAGGUGAUAGAGGUCAUUCAUGAGUUUGUAUUUUUAAGCAAGAUUUUGGUGAAUUAUAUUUGCCACUUGAUUGUACUUGCAUAAGUAAUCAGAUUGAGUUAAACUGCUGCAGGAUCCGAGGAAUAUGUUGGAUUGUGUCUGGUUUCUCUUGGCAUUUUCUGCAUUUAUUGCCUUGUUUGUAUGUAUUUGUGAGUUUUUUGUUAACCACCUUGUCCUGUAUUUCUGCAAGGAAUCCCUCUGUUUCUGGGAAGAGGUGUCCAACUCUCAGUCAGGUGCUUGAUGCUUCCUUUUCAACAUCUUGUCUGCUCAGAUCGUUGGGAUGUCUCCCAUGGAGAGUCAUACUCAUUCCAUUUGUUAAUGUUUUCUUCCAUAUUGAUUAUUCAUUUUUCUGAGUUGGCCUCUCAUUUAAGUUUUCUGGUCUUCUUAGCACAAUUGCACAUACACACUUGGAGUGCUGAAUCCCGUUUACUUUUGAAGAAAAUAUACACCUAAAAGUUU